GCACAAACAUUCUAAAAACCACGCUAACAUAAAAUUGAAAUAAAAAUGUAAAAAAAACUACGAUAACAACUUCAGAAGUGCGAUAGACAACCUUUAAACAUCCGCCUUAAUCAACAUUUUGGCUAUCCGAGAACAUACAAGUUUUUUUUCCUUAUAUUUGCGUUUUGGCGUGCGACUCCAUUUUGAAAUGGACAAAACGGAAAUUUUAUAGUGGCUUCAAGGAAAUCGUGUUCCCAAUAAGUGCAACUUUAAGACAACUGCGCAAGCGUGCCUCGUUAAAGUUUGAAAACACUUUACUCCUUUUAAGGAUAAUUUGUCUAAAUUCAGAUUCAAUCAGUUUGGAACUACAAUACUAUCGACAUUUGUAGAAUUGACAUAAGGGCAUUCGACGAACUUAAGCUGUUUGGUUACGUUUCCGUACCUGAUUCCGCAGAAACGAAAAUAUCUGUUGAAAUGGCAUCACACAUUAAUCUCGGCGAACUCAAACUAAUGGAAAUCAAAAGUUUCUUUGAAAAACUUGGCUUGUCCACAAAGGGAAACUAAUUGCGCAGUUAAGUGCUGUACUACCGUCGGAGAAUGCUACGGAGUUGUACUACGAAAAGGUGGAGUCUACGAAAGGUGGAGGCGAAAUUGGUGUUGAGAUGGCUUUGGCCAAUGCAGCCAACAACAACAACGAAGAACAAGACGUCGAGAUGGCUGUCGCCAAUGCUGCCAACAACAACAACGAAGAACAAGACGGCGAGAUGGCUUUCGCCAAUGCAGCCAAUAACAACAACGAAGAACAAAGCGAAGAAGAAGAUGAAGACGGUUUCGGCAACGAACUUAAACUUGUCGAGACAGUUGAUUGUGGUGGCGUUCAACCUUCAGGAACCGGCGUUCAACCGAGUACUUCAACCUUCGGCGUUCAACCAAGUACUUUAACCUUUGGCGUUCGACGUAGUCGAGCUAGCAACAUACUGGACGAAUCGGGUGGCAACGCUGCGGGAAUGGAACAGGCGAUGCAAAAUUUACGUUUCUUGUCAAGCCAGAAAUGAACUUGAACACCAUGAAAGAGCAACUCCCAGAGUUCAACGGCGAUGGCAACAUAAACGAAUGGUUGCUGGUGGUAAAAAAUGUUCGUAAUGUGUUCAAAGUCAGUGAUGACGUCAGGCGUCCAUUAAUUUGCUCACGCUUAAACGGCAAUGCUAAUUUUUGGCUGUCAUCUCGCCCAUCACUGUUGUCUGGGAGUAUCGACUUGAUUCUGGCACAACUAAAAAUUAUUUUUGGAACCAAGGAUAAUGUUUUGGAAAUGCGACGCAAGUUUGAAAACCGCCAGUGGCAAUUCGGUGAGAAGUUUGCCAUCUACUACAUUGACAAACCUACUCUGGCACAAGACAUCGCUAUGACUGUUCACGAACUAGUGCAGUACUUGAUAGAUGGCAUACAAAAUGUACAACUUAAAAACAAAGCGAAACUACAACGUUUUGCAGUGCCUGCUGAUGUAUUGGAAGCCUUUCAAGAUGUAGAGAAACCCAGAGCUCCUGUACAUCAAAAAAAAGAUGCAAGGAAAGUCUUCAUCAACCGCUGCGACCCCGGAACAGAGGGUUGUCAAAUGCUUUAACUGCCACAGUCUUGGCCAUCUGGAUAAGGAAUGCCGCAAGCCAGUACGGGCUGAUGGAGCUUGCUAUGCCUGUGGAGAAGUUGGACACUUGGCUAGAGAGUGUUUAUUGUACAAGAAGAAAGAAUCUGGCAACGAAAAUGUAAGACACUUUAGAGUUCAAUUUAAAAAUACGAUACAUAAUUC